AUGUCGCGGGGCAGCUUGACAUGGCUCCGGUUCAAGGUCGCACAGUCGAUGGCCUUGGGUAGUUUCCUGCUGGCCUUCUCUUUGCUUCAGGUGGUCACCAGCACGUGCCCCAGGAGCUGCCAGUGUUUCGAAAAGAACGGCAAAUUUGUGCGCUGCUCCGGCAAGAACUUGAAGGAAAUCCCCAAGGACCUCCCUGCUGACACCGUGACCUUACAUCUCAACUCCAACCGGAUAACCAAAAUACCCAGCAAUGCCUUCAAGGACCUCUCCCUACUCAAGGAACUGGAUUUAUCCAAAAACGCCAUUGAGUCAAUAGAUAUUGAAGCAUUCAAAGGAAUCCCCGAGGGCCUCAAGAUGCUUGAUCUGUCGAGCAACAGGAUCCAGAGUGUGCCAAAGGAGGCCUUCAGUAAAAUUAAAGCAAAGAUCCGACUCUCGGACAACCCGUGGCACUGUGAAUGUUCGCUGCAGCAGAUCAUCGAGGAGCUGACCCUUGACCCGGAAACGGUCAACGACUUCAUCUGCCACUCCUCGGUGCAGGAGGAGUACGCUGGCCAGCCGCUCAUCCAGAUCCUCGAUUCAGGUAUCAACUUCUGCAACAUCCACCAGAAGACGACCGACGUCGCCAUGUUCAUCACCAUGUUCGGCUGGUUCACCAUGGUCAUCUCCUACAUUGUGUACUACGUGCGCCAGAAUCAGGAAGACGCCAGGCGUCACCUCGAGUACCUUAAGUCGCUCCCGAGCACACAGAUCACCAAGGAGUUUGACACCAUCAGUACUGUACUGUGA